GAGAGGCGGCCGCGUUUUAAAGAGUGUGUGUGAGAGAGUCAAAGAGUGAGGCAAUUGUUUUUUAGAGAGCGAGGACUACUUCUGCCACCCCCCUCCUCCUCCCAUCCUCUCCUCCUCCUCCUCCUCCUCCUCCUCCAGCCCUCCUCCCAUCCUCUCCCUCUCCUUGCGCCGAGAGGGACGAGCGAGGCCGGGGGAGCGCCAGGAAAAGGGGAAGGGCCUUUACUUCUCUUCCUCCUGCGUUACAGCUGACAAAAACAGCUGGCGAGCCUAGAGACCAGAGCCCGCUAGAGAGAGGAGCAGGCAGUGAGGAGAAGGAGCUGGGAGGAGGAGGAGGAGGAGGAGGAGGAGGAGUUGGAGCAGGAAGAAAGCGAGAGGAGCGCCUAGGGAGGAGAUUCUAAGGAGUAGGAAGCCGGCGCGAGGCGGAGACCGGGGUCAGGGUCGUGCAUCUCUAUGGGUUGCGCUCUGAGUUCAGAGUGGUCCGGACAGCAGCCGGAGGUACAAGUGUUGUCGACGGCAACGGUUGCCAGGAGCGCCUCUCAGAAGAGGAGGUCGGUGGAGAGAAGCAACAGCGCCAGGAUGAGGCUGUCCAAAACGGGGAAAGGGGAGCCCCACGUCUUUAAGGAGAAGACGUUUAAGAAGAAGCGUCAGUGCUCCGUGUGUCGGCAGGGAGUGGACGGCCUGGGCUCCUUCUGCAGAGUUUGCAAGACGGCUACUCACAGAAAAUGCGAGUCAAAGGCCAACUCCCCAUGUGUUCCGGCCCCUUCCAAUGAUCUGCAGAGAAGGGGGACAGCACCGUCUCGACACAUCCAGCACCUGGGGUCGACCAAGUCACUGAAUUGCACCAAACAGAGAAGCACUCUGCCCAGGAGCUUCAGUGUGGACCGGGUGAUGGAGCGCGUGAUGGAGCGCAACUACGACUUCGAUCUGACCUACAUCACCGAGCGCAUCAUCUCCGUCUUCUUCCCUCCUCUGCUGGACGAGCAGCGGUACCGGGUCAACCUGAAGGAGGUCACCGCCAUGCUGCGCUCCAAGCACCAGGACAAGUUCCUGCUCUUCAACCUGUCUGAAAAGCGACAUGACAUCAGCCGUCUGAAUCCAAAGGUCCAUGACUUUGGCUGGCCUGACCUCCAUGCACCCCCCCUGGACAAGAUCUGUGCCAUGUGCAAGGCCAUGGAGACCUGGCUGACCUCCGACCAGCACGUGGUGGUCCUGCACUGCAAGGGCAACAAGGGUAAAACUGGUGUGAUAAUGGCUGCAUACAUGCACUACAGCAAGAUAUCUGCAGGGGCGGACCAGGCGCUCAGUACCCUGGCCAUGAGGAAGUUCUGUGAAGAUAAGGUUUCUUCAUCGCUUCAGCCGUCCCAGAACAGGUAUAUCUAUUACUUUGGGGGUCUGCUCUCUGGGGCGAUCAAGAUGAACAGCAGCCCCCUCUUCCUCCAUCAGGUCCUCAUCCCUUCCCUCCCCAACUUUCAGGGAGAACAAGGUUACUACCCGUUUGUGAAGAUCUACCAGUCCAUGCAGUUGGUCUACACCUCCGGCAUAUAUGAUCUGCAGGGCACCGGUGGAAGGCGUCUGUGUGUGACCGUGGACCCAGCUCUGCUGCUGAAAGGUGACAUCAUGGUGAAGUGCUACCACAGGCGAGCCCAGACGGCCGACAGGGACACCGUGUUCCGGCUGCAGUUCCACACGUGCACCGUGCAUGGAAGUCAGCUCUGGUUCGGAAAGAGCGAGCUGGAUGAGGCCUGCACAGACGAGAGGUUCCCAUCAGAUGCCACGGUGGAGUUCGUCUUCUCCUCUGGGCCGGAGAAGAUCAAAGGCCGAGAGAUCCAGAAGAACGACCCGGCCGUCACCGUCGACUACAACACGGGCGACCCCGUGGUGCGCUGGGACUCCUACGAGAACUUCAACGAGCGCUUCCAGGACAGCCUGGAAGACAUCGCCCACACGCGAGGGCCAGUGGACGGCAGCCUCUACGCCCAGAUCAAGAAGCGCCGCUGCCCCAACUCCGGCUCGCUCAGCUCCACCAAUGGCAGCAGCCCGGGGGGCGGGUUCGUCGACGAGCGACCCAAUCACCCGCUCACGUCCGCCAGCUGCGACUCCUCCACCUUCUCCGCCCACUCCAACCAGUCGUCCAUCCAGCAGGCCGACAAGCUCCGCCCCUCGCCGCCCACCCGGCAGGAGAGGGAGGAGCUCGACCGCAUGCUCGGCGGCAUCGAAGGGGGCGGGAGCCGCGACGGCGAGCGCGAGACCGCCAUCCUGGACGACGGCGACUCGCUGCCCUCCGAGCCGUCGUCGGGGACGAUGAGGCUGGGGCGCUCGUGCUCCUGCAGGGCGGGGUACCGGUCCCAGCGCUGCGCCCAGCCUGGCUGCGACCGCACCCUCCUCAUGCCCAACGGGUACUGCCUGGACCGGGCGCCGGGCACCAACGGGCACCACGGGGCCACGCCCUCCGCCAGCCCCAAGUCCGGCCUGCCCUCCCACCUGGACCUGUGCCAGCACUACAGCCCCCACCCCCAUCAGCCCCUCCCCCCGCCCGACCUGGUGUGGGACCGCCACGCCGGCCAGACCCACUACCUGCACCGCCCCUGCUCCGACUCCAGCCCCCCCGGCCGCCACCUCUACCCCUACCCCCCCGCCGACCUGCACCCCCUCUCCGCCCCCGGGCGCCUGCUGUGCCGCGGCGAGGACUACGGCAGCCCCUACCACCACCCCCACCCCCACCACCACCCGCACCCGCCGCCGCCCGCCCACGUCUACCAUCACCACGGCAACAAGGGCCCCGCCUACCCGGACCCCCUGCUGCUGGAGGGCGGCAUGGCGACCCCCGGCUGCCCGUGCCGGGACUGCGGCGUGCGCAGGGACGAGGAGGAGGACGCCGCCGCCGCCGCCGUCUACCACGGCAUCCGCCUGGACCCCUGGGAGCGGGAGGCGGAGCUACAGCACCGAGGGGCGGAGCUUCCGCAGAGGGGCGGGGCUCCGGGGGAGCUGCACCACUGGGAGAACCGGGACUCGCAGCAGGGGGCGGGGCCGCGGCGGGCCAGAGAGCUGUCCCUGCACUGGGAGCGCGAGCGCGAGGCCCACCUGCAGUGGGAGCGCGAGUACUGGCACCGCCGCGCCACCGUGGCGUCCUUCGCGCCGCACGGGCGCCCGCACGACCUGCCGCCCGCCGGCGGCGGCGCGUUCACCUUCGACCCCCUGCCGCCGGGCCACGCCGCCUACCCCGAGGCGUCGCGCUCCCACGCCCACUCCCACCUGGACCUCAAGUACAGCAGCGGCAGCAGCGGCUACCAGACGCCGCGCCAGGCCUGCCCCUACUCGCCCUACCAGCCCUCGCCCGCCGAGAGCCGCGGCUACGCCUCGGGCUACCAGUCCGAGUCCACCUCGCCGCUGCCCCCCGGCGGUCACCACGGCAACGGGCCCCCCGAGCACGGCCAGCCGCCGCCCGGCUCCGACGCCCACGUGACAGAUGCCCUGCGCAGCUCGGGCGAGAGCGUGGGCUGGAGGGACCACAUCACCCAGGGCUCCUUCAAGAGGGUCCACCGGCCCCUGGCGGCCUGCUCCACCCCCUCAGACAUGUCCGGACCCCCCACCCCCGUCCACACCAGCAGCCCCAUGUGCCCCCCGGAGAGCGCCAGCUCAGGCCUCAGGGAGGGGGAGAUCCGGACCACCGACAUCCUCAACGGGGACUACGACCCCGCCCCCCCGUCCCACCCGGCCCCCGUGGCCCCGCCCCGCACCCACCUCCCGGAACCCUCCUCCUCGCCGCCGCCGCCGCGCCCCAAGGACCAGUGCUCGCAGGUCGUCGUGGCGACCGCGCGAGGGGAGCCCGGCGAGCGCUGCGGUGCCGCCGCCGACCCGUCGGCGCCCGCCCCGACGGCGCCCGCCCCGACGCAGAACCACUGCGGCUCGGCGCCGCACGCCUCCCCGGACCACGAGCUGGACCCGCCCGCCGCCAUCGCCGCCGCCGCCGCCGCGCCCGUACCGGUGAACCACGUGUCCCCGGCACUCUCCGACCCGGCCCCCCCAACCCAGGGGCCCGCCUCGAGCGACCCGUCCAUGGAGUCGGCCCCCCAGAGCCCCGGCCCCGCCCGGGACCCAAAAGCUCAGCACGUGGUCACCCAGGCGACGGUCCACCCCGAGAGCCCCACCCGGGUCAACGGGACCCCCAACGGGACCCCCAACGGGACCCCCAACGUCCAGGACGCGCCCACACCCAACGCCGUUUCCACGACGCCCGCGCCCGAGUCCCCCGCCCGGGGGUCCGGCUCCUCCCCUCAGCCCGCCUCCAGCAGCACCGACACCUCCCCUCUGUCCGACUCCCCGGUCCCCGGCUUCGCCACCCUGGGCAGGAGGCUGAUGCUGAGCGGCUCGGACCCCCAUCAGCCCCCCCACCAGCCCCCCACGACGAACCACCACGGGGCCAGCAACGGCCAGCAGCACCACUACCACCCCGGGGGGGGGGCCCUCGCCCCGGGGCCCGCCGACAGGUCCCCGCCGGCGCACGGCGGCUACCCGGCUAGCCUCUACGCCCAGCCCCAGCCGGGGGGCGCCCCCCACUGCUACGCCACCCUCUCCCACCCCCAGCCCCCGCUGCCGGAGAAACGCCGGCACCCCAGCCAGCCCGGGUCCCCCGAGGGCGACGGGCCGGCGGGCACCCUGGGGCGACUCUCCUCCGCCUCCUCCGUCGCCCCCCAGCAGCAGCAGCAGCAGCACCACGUCACCUUCUCCCCCACCGUGGGGGAGCUGGCGCCCUCUGGUGGCCAGACCGAGGCGGUGGAGCCCGAGAGCCCCACCAGAGUGAGCGUCAAGUUCGUCCAGGACAGCUCGAGGUUCUGGUACAAGCCGUCCAUCUCCAGAGAACAAGCGAUCGCGGCCCUGAAGGAGCGAGAGCCAGGGGCCUUCCUUAUAAGGGACAGUAACUCGUUCCAGGGGGCCUAUGGGCUGGCCCUGAAGGUGGCCACGCCCCCUGCCAACAUAUCCAAUCACAGCAGCAAAGUGGUGGACCCCCAGGAGCAGCUGGUCAGACACUUCCUGAUCGAGACGGGGUCCCGCGGGGUCAAGAUCAAGGGCUGCCAGAACGAGCCCUACUUCGGGAGCCUCUCUGCGCUGGUCUACCAGCACUCCAUCACCCCCAUCUCUCUGCCCUGCACCCUGAGGAUCCCCGACAAAGAGCUGAUAGGAGUGGGCCAGGAGGUGCACCCCCCCAGUAACAUGAGCAGCGCUGCCGACCUGCUGAAACAGGGAGCAGCCUGUAACGUGCUGUACCUGAACUCCGUGGAGACCGAGUCCCUGACGGGGCCCCAGGCCAUCGCCAAGGCAACGGACGCCACCAUGGGCCGGAGCCCGCGCCCCGCGGCCACCGUGGUCCAGUUCAAGGUGACGGCCCAGGGGAUCACCCUGACGGACAGCCAGCGCAGGCUGUUCUUCAGACGACACUACCCGGUCACCAGCGUGACGUACAGCAGCAUCGACCCAAAGGACAGGAGGUGGGCUAACUCAGACAACAAAUCUGUCCAGGUGUUUGGCUUCGUGGCCCGUAAGCCCGGCAGCGUGGCGGAGAACGUCUGCCACCUGUUCGCUGAGCUGGACCCCGAGCAGCCCGCCUCCGCCAUCAUCAACUUCAUCAACAAGGUCAUGCUGUCGCAGUGCCGGUAGAACGACACAGAGUGACAUAGAGAAGUAAAGCAAUAUAGGGUUGGGUCAUCACUGUUGGUUUGUGUUGUUUCAAUGGUGGGUGAAUGUCACCCAGGGGGGAAACUAGGAGCCUUCAGUUCCAUCCCUCCUUGUAUCUGUACAGAGAGCUUCAUCUGCACUGACCCACCACCAAUCCACCUGAACACCUCUUAUUUCAAUGUUCACAGGUAUCCAUGGUAACCGUCCAAAGCCAGUCAUACAACGAUCGAACCAAAAGGCAAAAAAAUAACUUAAACAUCAAUAAUCUCAAUCCUUUUAUAAUCAGCCGUUACGUUAAUUCAGUAUUUUAACCAAAUAUGUCUACCUUGUUAGAAGUUGAAUAAGCAAUCAUUUGCGAAAUAUUCGACAUCUAUCGGAAACCAACACGAAUUUCGACAACAUCCGAAAGAUGUGUGACUGCUUAUUCACCUCGUUGCAUUCCAUCCUGAAUAGUUUCAGAACUAGGUCUGUAAGCAAGACCAUGUGUAAGUGGGAAGCUAUCCAUAAACAGCUCUUUAAACUAUCGUCAAAGUAUUAUUGUGGGAUUUGGGUUGAAGCAACGAUAAUCUUGCUGAUUACGUUUUAAAUAGAACUUGUGGAUUCUAUAACAAGUUAUUGCACUGACAGAGGCAAGCAUAUUCCCCAUAGGGCUCAGAAAUUGACAGACAUAACUGCCUAAGAUGUUUAUAUCAGUGUUGUAACCAAAUGCAUUAUUUUGCUUUGUCUUUGCAAAUAAGUGACCAAAGAAAAUUUUUGUCUGUAUAUUGUUUCGUGAAUAUAUAUCAAGACCUACGUAAGGCUAGCAGAAUGAUGUACAGCUUAAGUGAUCACGUUUAUUUCAGCCAUGAAUGACAAUCAAUAUUUUUGUAUUCAAAUAAAUAGUUAUUAGUGGGGUAAGAGACAUAACGGUCUUAAUGAAAGAUAACCUGAAUGUAAUGUACUUAACGUCAACAGUGAGGGAUUGUGAGGUAUUGACUGGUGGAAGGAAGGUAUUGAAAGUAAGGUUAGCAGACUAGCUGCUAUAGCUAACCAAUAGAAACCAAGGCGUUGCUAUGUGUCCCUGCAGGUUUUAAAAGUAAUGUGUUCAAAAUGGAAAGACGCCAAGAGAAGAGAGUAUUUCUUUUUUUUACAGAGCCGUUGGUCUAUUAUUCGAUUAUGCACACAUUGACUGUUGACUCAUCCGUAUCAGUUAUUUUGACCAAUUUUGAUUCAAGGGCCUAAUUCUUGCCACAUAAGAUAUUUACUUCAGUAUAUAAAACAGUUAAUAAUGAUGUCAAAAGUAUUUUUUUACUCCCGUAACAGUGUGAGGUUAUCGAGUAUUAAUUGUAUCCAAAGCUGACAUGUUGGACAAAGUCAAGAUAGACACAUACAACUCUCCCACUGAUGUAAAAUAGUGGCCUGAAGACCCGUUAAACAUAACCAACGAUAGAGCACUCUAUUAUUAAUAAUAGGCUUUAUAUAUAUUUUUGUAUUUUCGCCUCAUGUAUUUGUACUUUGCAUUUAGUGUGCUGCCAUGUUUCAUAAUACACCAAAAACACUACUUGUAUGACAACUAUAAAAGUAUAUAUAGUGGUCUUUUUCUCGUUGAUCUGUUUUUAUGUAGUAAUAUAUUUUCCCAUGUGCAUCUAUACGACAAUACAAGAGAAGGAGGAAAAUAAAACAAGCUUGUUUAAAUAGCAAAAUAUGAAACAUUAUUGUAUAUGCACACAAAUUAAGAAUAUAAUAAAACGUUCUGGUACCAAAUGUA